CCUCUAAGCUCUUCUUCUCUCUGUUCACUACACCAUCUGGUGCUAAUCACUUUGUAUUCCAGAAAACCAGAUGGUGAAGUUUUCAAAAGAGCUCGAAGCUCAGCUCAUCCCUGAAUGGAAGGACGCUUUCGUGAAUUACUGGCAGCUCAAGAAACACGUCAAGAAGAUCAGACUCUCCAGAAACCCCAAGCAAACCCCACAUCACUCCAACAACUCCGAUUUCGGCUUCUCAGUUUUCGACCCAAUUCGGGUCGCUGUCAGUAAGAUCUCCGAUCACUUCCGCAAUGCCGGUGGUAAACCCGAGAUCAUCCAGGUGAAGAGCAAAAUCACAAGAGGAGAAGAUGGUGCUGUAGAAGAAGAAUAUGGAACUGAGCUUGUUCAGCUGUUCUCUGAGGAAGAUGAGGUUAAGAUAUUUUUUGAGGGAUUGGAUGAGGAGCUUAAUAAAGUGAACCAAUUUUACAAGACUAGAGAGAGUGAGUUUCUUGAAAGAGGGGAGAUAUUGAAUAAGCAGCUGCAAAUUCUUCUGGACCUCAAGCGAAUUCUGAGCGACCGGCGGCGGAAAACUCUGUCGUCAAAGUUGGGUGCCGAUUUUCUUUCCCGGUCUAACUCGUCGUCUGCCCGGAACUCAGAUUUUUCCGAAACCCCAACCGAAUAUAGUGAUAGCUCCACAGAAACGGCCUCACAGACAGACGAGGUAAUUGCUGCACUGGAAAAAAAUGGUGUGAAUUUUGUUGGUUCGGCAACAAGAUCGAAGACAAAGAACGGAAAGCCUAAGAUGUCCAUGAGGAUAGAUAUUCCAGCCACAACGCCAACGCGAACGAUAUCAGCAGUUACAUCCAUGCUUUGGGAAGAUCUAGUGAACAAUCCCAAGAAAGAAGGUCCAGGAGAUUUCAUAAACAAAAAGAAAAUACAAUGCGCCGAAAAGAUGAUCAGAGGGGCAUUUGUGGAGCUCUACAGAGGCCUUGGUCUAUUAAACACAUACAGCUCACUAAAUAUGUUGGCUUUCACAAAGAUUCUAAAGAAAUUCGACAAGGUAUCGAACCAACAAGCAUCAACAACUUAUCUCAAAGUAGUGAAGAGUUCUCAUUUCGUUAGUUCCGAUAAGGUGGUUAGGCUAAUGGACGAAGUGGAGUCCAUAUUCACAAAGCACUUCGCCAACGAUGACAGGAAAAAGGCUAUGAAGUAUUUGAGACCCCAACAGCUCAAAGGUUCCCACAUGGUAACCUUUUUUGCUGGGUUGUUCACAGGUUGUUUUGUAACGCUAUUUAGUGUAUACGCAAUCUUAGCACAUUUGUGUGGAUUGUUCUCUGCCACCUCCGAAGCUUCUUACAUGGAAACCAUCUACCCUGUUUUCAGCAUGUUUGCUUUGCUAAGCUUGCACCUGUUCAUGUAUGGGUGCAAUAUGUUCAUGUGGAAGAGCACAAGGAUCAACUACAAUUUCAUAUUUGAAUUUCAUCACAACACAGCUCUCAAGUACAGAGAAGCCUUCCUCAUUUGUACAUGCAUUAUGACCGCUGUGGUCGCGGCCAUGGUCAUACACCUCAUUUUGCUCUCCCAAGGCUUUUCACCUCGCCAAGUCGAUGCCAUUCCCGGAGUACUCCUUUUGUUUUUCAUCGCAGUACUAAUCUGCCCAUUAAACAUCUUCUUUCGCCCAACCCGCUAUUGUUUCCUCCGGAUUAUUCGCAACAUAGUCUGCUCUCCAUUUUAUAAGGUUUUGAUGGUAGAUUUUUUCAUGGCUGACCAACUAACUAGCCAGAUUCCAUUGUUGAGGCACAUGGAGUCCACAGCAUGUUAUUUUCUCGCUGGAAGUUUCAAGACACACCGGUAUGAGACCUGCAAGUCCGGAAAGCUCUACAGAGAACUCGCUUAUGUCAUCUCUUUCGCUCCAUACUACUGGCGUGCCAUGCAGUGUGCAAGGCGAUGGUUCGAUGAGUGUGACCCAAACCAGUUGGCUAACUUGGGGAAAUAUGUUUCAGCCAUGGUGGCAGCCGGUGCUAGGCUAACAUAUGCCAGGCAGCCAACAAACUUAUGGCUGGUGAUCGUCUUGAUAACCUCUUUGGUGGCCACAGUUUAUCAGUUGUAUUGGGAUUUUGUCAAGGAUUGGGGGCUUUUCAACCCAAAUUCGACUAAUCCAUGGCUUAGGGAUGAUCUGAUUCUGAAGAACAAAAGCAUCUACUAUGUGUCCAUUGCCUUGAAUUUUGUUCUAAGAGUUGCUUGGGUGGAGACCGUGAUGCGAUUCAAUGUUGGGGUGCUUGAAUCGCGACUGCUAGAGUUUUUCUUGGCUUCAUUGGAGGUCAUCCGACGUGGGCACUGGAAUUUCUACAGGUUGGAGAAUGAGCAUCUGAACAAUGUUGGCAAGUUCAGGGCUGUGAAGGCUGUGCCUUUACCAUUCUGCGAUACAGAUUCAGAUGGAUGACAUUCAUGCUAAUAUACAUGUAUAGUUGUCCCCGACAGGCUGACAUGAAAAGCACGCAACGUUUUCUAAUGCUAAAGAUCGAAGGGAUCAACAUUUGGCACAAAUUGAAAAAUUAAUGAUAUCACCAUUCACCGAAGGUUCAAUUAGAAAAAAAGAACUAUUAAGGCUCCAUUGUCAUGAAGACAGCGCGCGGCAAAGGAUAGUUGUUGUGAAUUGUACAUUUGGGGCAUUUCUAACUUGAAUUUGCUGGUAUAAAUGUAUCUUUUCAAUAGUUCGUGUCAACAAGUUUGACUUUUUCAAAAUCUGUUAAAGUUUUGGACAAACACAACAAUUUGCAUUUGCGGUGGUAUGUAAUAGUGGUAGUUCAAAAAAAGACAUAAUUUGAACUGAACAAGCUCAGUUUCAUUUUAAUAAUAAUAAGCUCCUAGAGAGAGCAAGUCUUACCCCUC